AUGCUCAUACAGUUGAAAUAUUUAUUAAAAAAAACCAAUAGUAACGAUGAUCAAGAUGUAGAACAAUUACAAAGUUAUGCUAAUAAAACUUAUCAAAUACCUCUCUUUCAAAAACGUUAUGUUACAAUACGAAUUAAUCCAGAUGAGCUUCGUGGUAACAAAAAUAUCAAAAACAAUAAGAUUGUAGGAUUUAAAUUUCAAGUUCAAACAACAGAUACUCGAAUAGUGCGUAUUCAAAAAGAAGUUAUGGCACCAACAAAAGAAGUAAAUGCAAAUAAUUCAAAUAAUGUCUUACUAGAAGAUUUAUUUAUCUGUAAGUAUAUAGUUUUAUUAUAAUUCGAUAAUUUGCAAACUUUUGAGAAGUUUAAAAUAGGAUUUUUACGUAUAAGAUUAAAAGAAUACGAAUUUUUCUUUAUGCAAUUAAUUCAUAAGCUUUUAAGUCUUUCUAAUCAAAUUAAACAUUCCUUUUCAAUGCAUGUUUUUCAUUCUUUAAGUAUGACAUAUUUUCGUACGUCGAGGGAAUAAAAAACAAGAUAAAAUCUUUCCACAUGCAAAGGUAGAUAUUAAAGUCUUCGUAACCUUUAAAUACGUUCUCAUAAUAUUAAACUUAUUAAAUAUGUAUCACUAAUAGAUGAAUAGUUUUCAGUAAACUAUUGUAGUUUUAUUUUCUGUUGAUUUUAAUCAGAUAUGAUACUGAUAAUACUUUCAUAAUAAAAAUGAAUAGAUACUUCAACAAUGUCAUAUCAUGACUACAUAUAUUCAUAAUACUUUUUUUCAUUCUUAUCUUUGUACUUUUGUCUCAUAAAUGUGUUUAAAUUAUUUGACUUUCUUUUAUAAAUUAUGUUAAUAAAAUCCAGUUUUGAAAUUUUAUGAUCAAAUAAAGUCCGAUUUUAUUUAUAGUACCUGAAAAAAA